UUGACAUUAUGACUUAUUGGAAAGAUACUUGUUGAAUUAAUAUUUAUCUUUUAAUUACAAAAUUUUAUAAAUCAUAAUAUAACUUGAAGAUAAAUGUGUAUUGAUUGAAAUAUUAAUUACUUUCAUUUUUAUUAAUCGGAACGAACCGUCUCUUAUCAAUUGGAUUAAUAUCAACUGAAAAUAUCUCGUGCAAAAGGUGUCACCUUUUUACAAUUGAUAAGAGGCUGCUGCGCAGUAACAUAUUGCAAUCCAUAGAAUACAAAAAUACUCGUUAAAUUUUAAUGUCAUUGUGUUUUGCCAUUUAAAAAGAAAAAAUAGAAGAUGGUUUUACGGCACCACGUAGAGGGAUACGAGAAUUUUUUCAAAUUUAUGAAAAAUUUCAAAUCUAAUGAAUCAAUAUACGUACUUUAUAGUGGUAAAAAACUUCCUAAUGGCAAAAGUUGGUGCCCAGACUGCGUAGAAGCGGAACCUUUCAUAGAAGAUGGGUUUAAAACAGCUCCAGAAUCAGUACACUUGGUUGAAGUUGAAGUUGGAGAUCGACCAUUUUGGAAGGAUUUGAAUUGUCCAUUUCGAACAAACUCUGUUACAAAGUUAAGAGUACUGCCAACCUUAGCAAAAUGGAAUACACAAAAACGUCUAGAAGGUGAUCAAUGUCAAAAGAUUGACUUGAUUGAAAUGUUACUUACCGAUGAAGAUGACUAAAUAAUUCAAUUUCGUAUGCUACAGCAGUGAAACUUAAGAUGAGCAGUUUUGUAAGUCACUAAACAAUGAAUGUUUUACUAAAUGUUAUUUCGUUAUAAGUAAUAUAGUAAACAAUCAAUUUUGUACUCAGAGUGAUCUCUUACAAGAUUAGGAGAUAUAGAACUAUCUUAUAAUCGUAUUGUAAUAGUAUCUUACUUUAGUCGAAUUACUUA